AUACAGAAAAAAAAAAACAAAACCAAAAAGUUGUUGAAUAUUGUUCCUUGAUGAUUGAAUCCUUUGCAAUUUUUGCCUUCUACAAUUUAAUUUAUAGAUUCGUGUCUUCUAUUUCUUGUUCUUCUAUACUUUCGUGUUCCGCGCGAGUUCUUGAGAAUAUAAAAAAAUUGAUAAAUGUGAAAAAAAUUUUCCUUUCCAAGUGUAAUAUUUAGAUAUAAAAGUAUCUAAGAGAAGUGCUCAGUGCUCCAUUUAGAAUUGUGCGUGUGUUGCAGUAACAACAACAUCCUCGAGUUAGGAAAAUUGUUUUCCUUUCUUUAUUUUUGCUUUCGACAUUUCAGAAGAAAAAUUAUGAAAAUAAAAGCUUAUUUCGAAGGAAUAAAUUGAAAAAAAUCUAAUCUUACAAUAAAAAGAUAAAAAUCCUUUGGAGUUUUUCCAAAAGUGCGUGUAUGUUGUGACAUCAGGACACAGCAACAAUAAUAUCUCCAUAAAUAAUUUCAUUUCAAGUUCGAUUAAAAUCUUAACAAACAUUAAAUUUGUAUUCCAAGAAAGUACGAUGGGCCACUGUAAGUGGCGCCCAACAGACAAUGCCAACUCUGAUGCCCUAUGUGAUUGCUGCAUUGAAUUAACUAAAGAAAUUACAUGAAUAAACAGAAUAAUUUAAUUCAUCAUCACGUAAAUUUAUUGCUCGCUACACAUUUCACGGUUCAUUCUUCUUCUUUUUUUUUGAAAUUGAGAUGUAAAAAUAUUUAAAGAACCAAAACAAGAAUUUCUUGAAAUAAUUGUAAAAUUAUGUGCCAAAUUGAAUUAAUCUUCCAAUUUAUCGCUGUACUUCGUUGUCAUCGUGUCGUACACAAUUGUAAUUGUAUUUGUCGUUGUAAAAUUGUUCGUAAUGCUGCACACCGACGACAACCUCAGCCCGCAUCAUCAUCUUCAGCAUCAUCAUCUUCAAUCAAUCCACCACAAUUAGAUAUUUAAAAAUUGUAAACACAUUAGUAUAAAUUUAUUGUAAAUAAAAGCAAAUUAUAAUAAAAGAAAAACCUUAAAAAAACAUGUACAUAAAAGCUAUUUAAAGCCAUAUUUUUUUCCUAAAAAAAGUGGUUUUCAAAACAGCAAUCGAAAAGUCGGAUAGACACGGGUAAUAAUUUCAAAACUAAAAAUAGCAACAACUAAAAUAUAAUAAAUAUAUACAUAUAAACAAAACUAAUACACCUAAUUAUACGGAUAAUUAAUUAAAGAAAAAUCAAAAUAUUUAAUCAAAAAUUAGAUUCUAAGCAAUAAAAUAAAAAUUUAAAAAAUAAGAUUAAUAUCCAAUUUCGCUUUAUACAAAAAUAAAAGAAUCUCAAUGUUUAAUAAUAAUAAAAAAAAGAUUGUUUUUUAGAUUAAAUUGUUUUUAUUUUUAAAUUUCUUUUUCGAAAAAACCGAAUUCGUCGGGACCAAUCAGAGUUAAUUAAAAAAUAUCUAUCUAAGGAAAGUUUUAACUACAUUACUGCUGGGAGAAAGAUAACAAAUAUUAAGGGGAGGAAGUAAUUAUAAAUUAUAUUCUUUAAGUAGAGUUCAAAUCCGAUAAUAAUAAAACUAAUAUAAAAAUAAGUUAACCAAAAGAUAAGCAAUAAUAUUGUUGAACGCUCCCUCCCACCUAGUAUCUCUGACACUGUGUAUAGACAAAGAUAUAUGUAGAAUAAAUAUCUAUAGUUUUCAUAUAAAUUAAUAAAAAUCAAUUAAAACGUCCACCGUGAAAAAUUAAUAAAAAAAUUAUACUCACUCAUAAUUUCAACUCAAAUCACAAUUAGAAUAAAAAUUCAACAAUGGAUUACAUGCAACAAUUUGCAUCGGCAAACAUCAACAGCAACAUAAACACUGGCAACAUCAGUACCGAUGACUUUUUGGCCAUUUUCUCAUCGUCAAGUCCAAGUCCAACGGACUAUCAAAUCAAUAUCAAUCAAUCAACUUACGCCUAUGCCGCUGUUACCGCUGCCGCUGCCGCCUCAACAAUCUCAACAACAUUCGGUUCGAGUCAAUCUGGAUCGGGAUCACUAAAUACCGAUCCAGCUGCCUCAGUGUCGUCAGCCAUUUAUGGCACAACGACAUUAUCCUUCAACGAUACCCUGCUAUUUAUCAACAACAACUUCAAUACGAACAGUAAUUAUUUCUUCACGAACAACAAUACGCCUAACGGUAAUGUAACGACCACGAUACAAUAUAAUGAUACCUAUCCAAGUGGCUAUACGUUGACGCACAUUAUUAUCGCGUCGAUAAUCGUUACGAUACUAAUGAUUAUUAUUGUGGUGGGAAAUAUGUUGGUGAUAAUAGCGAUUGCAACGGAAAAAUCGUUGAAGAACAUCCAGAAUUGGUUUAUAGCCUCAUUGGCGGUGGCGGAUUUCUUUUUGGGGUUGAUUAUAAUGCCGUUUUCUUUGGCUAACGAAUUGAUGGGUUAUUGGAUAUUUGGUAGUUGGUGGUGUGAUAUUCAUUCGGCAAUGGAUGUCCUUUUGUGUACGGCGUCGAUAAUGAAUUUGUGUUUGAUUUCGUUAGAUCGGUAUUGGAGUAUUACGAAGGCGGUUGAGUAUUUGAAGUCGAGGACUCCGGCGAGGGCCGCACUCAUGAUUGCAUUUGUGUGGAUAAUGUCGGGAUUGAUAUGUAUACCACCGUUAUUGGGAUGGAAGGUGAAGCGACCGGAGGGUGAUUUGCCUCAAUGUGCGAAAGUACGAUGGGCCACUGUAAGUGGCGCCCAACAGACAAUGCCAACUCUGAUGCCCUAUGUUAUUGCUGCAUUGAAUUAA